GGAGUGGCCGGGAGGAGCCUGAGGCCGCCAUUGUUAUUGAGACACCUGAGCCUCCCGGAGAAACCCGAAGAGCUCCUUUGCUCUUGACCUAAGGGAGGGGCCACCACCCGACUUCCGAAACCCUAAAGUGAGGGAGAGGAGACGGACGGAGGGUUAAGAAGGGGCUGCGCGGGCCACCGUAGCAACGAUCUCCGGGGGGACGCGGGUUUCCGCCGGGUUGUUUAUCAUGGCUGCGGGGGCCACGUGACCUUUGCUCAGUCUCCGGAGGUUCUCCGUUUCCCGUAGUCCUGUUGCAUUUAAGUCUCGAUAUUGUCUCCACUUCCCCGGAAUAACUGCUUCACGGUUCUCUGAGAAGCCUGGUUUCUUUUACAUAGAUCUAUAGAAAACAUCUCAAGAAAAUGACACACUGGUUUCAUCGGAACCCCUUAAAAGCCACUGCACCUGUCUCCUUUAAUUAUUAUGGUGUAGCUACAACUCCUGCAGCUUCAAAAAUUUGCAAUGAUUUGAGAACAUCAAGGGCACGACUGCUUGAGCUAUUCACUGACUUGACCUGUAACCCAGAAAUGAUGAAGAAUGCAACAGAUUCCUACUUUUCUCUUUUGCAAGGUUUCAUAAAUUCAUUGGAUAACUCUACCCAAGAAAGCAAAUUAAGAUAUAUUCAAAACUUUAAGUGGACUGAUACAUUACAAGGACACGUUCCAAGUGCCCAGCAAGAUGCUGUGUUUGAGUUGAUUUCCAUGGCAUUUAAUGUAGCCCUGUGGUAUACCAAAUAUGCAUCAAGAUUGGCUGGAAAAGAAAACAUAACAGAAGAUGAAGCAAAAGAAGUUCAUAGAAGCCUAAAAACUGCAGCUGGGAUUUUCAAACAUUUGAAGGAAAACCAUAUUCCCAAACUUAUCACACCUGCAGAAAAAGGCAGGGAUUUGGAAGUCCGACUCAUAGAUUCCUACAUUAUUCAAUGUCAAGCUGAAGCUCAAGAAGUUACAAUUGCUAGAGCAAUUGAACUCAAACAUAAUCCUGGUCUAAUUGCUGCACUGGCAUAUGAAACAGCCAAUUUCUAUCAAAAAGCCGAUCACACUUUAUCCAGUUUGGAGCCUACAUACACUGUUAAAUGGAGAAAAUACCUUCACUUGAAAAUGUGUUUUUAUACAGCUUAUGCUUACUGCUAUCAUGGUCAGACUUUGCUAGCAAGUGAUAAAUGUGGUGAAGCAAUCAGGUCUCUCCAGGAAUCAGAAAAAUUUUAUGCCAAGGCUGAAGCAUUGUGCAAAGAAUAUGGAGAAACCAAAGGUCCUGGAACAACAGCUAAACCUUCAGGACAUCUGUUCUUUAGGAAACUUGGAAGUCUAGUGAAAAAUACUUUAGAAAAAUGUCAGAGAGAAAAUGGAUUCAUCUAUUUCCAAAAAGUUCCAACAGAAGCACCACAGCUUGAACUCAAAGCAAACUAUGGUCUUGUAGAGCCUGUACCCUUUGAAUUUCCUCCUGUAAAUGCACACUGGACGCCAGAAAUGCUAGCUGCAUUUGAUCUCACCAAGAGGCCAAAGGAUGAUAGUGCCAAACCCAAACCAGAGGAAGAAUUGAAACCAGUCAAAGAACCAGAUGUCAAACCACAGAAGGAUAGUGGCUGCCAUAUUUCCUAGAACACCAUAGAAACAGUGAACUCCUCUCUUAAGUGGAUUGGGUUAACUCUGGGACUAGAAUCUUUUUUUGUGAUUCCUCUGGAGCCUGAAGAAUAAUUUGCCUCUUUUCAUGGGCCUUCACUAUGUCAACGCUCACUUUUUAAUAGAGUGGGCUUUUCUUUUUUUUUUAGUGCUUCAUUUCUUAUUUCUUUGUUUCCACUUUAGUCAGUUCACUAGAACAGCUUCUGUAGACCUUACUUUGACUUGAAGAUACAGGAAGAGGGGUUUUUUGAGAACUUGAGAGUAGUAAUGGGUUUCAGAUUAAUAUAUUAAACUAUAAAAAAGAAUCAUUGUUCUCAUUGUCACAAAAAGAUGUGUUUUCAUUUCUCAUCUAUCAUUGAAAUCAGAGAGGUAUGGAUAAGAAUCAACAAAGAAAAACAGUUCUUCCUUAUGGUUGUAUUGCAUCCUUGCACAAACCUGUAACACUCCCAAGUCAUUUCUUAUUUCUCAUGUUUAAUAGCUUUCUUAUAUGGAAGAAUCUGAAAAUCAUUAUCAGCUAGGCUCCUUGAUAUGUAUUUGCUUAAAAUUAAUAUUUUUAAAACCAGAAUUGCAUUGUAUAUGUUGGAAUACUAAGAGAACUGAAUCUUAUUUCUAGUUGACUAAACAGAGGCUUUACUUCUUUCUUGAGCUAAAUAUUUUAAAUCCCUUUUAGAGAGUUUAUGUGGCUUAAGGAACUAAUUUUAUAUAACAAGUUUUAGUAUAUCUGUAUGAAAGAAGGUAAGAAGAAAUUAUUCCUUGGACAUCAUACACCAUAUAAUAAUGCAGAAAAUUUUUAGAAGCUUGAAAAACUACCUGUUUGGAAAUAUACUUGUUACCCUCUAUUUCUCUUUCAAAGAAGUGUUCAUCAUUGUUUUUGGUUUCGCACUUGAAUGUAUUUUCUUUUCAUGAGACUUUCAGUGAUAGUCUGUAAACCUGUCAGAGUGAAUGAAUAAAAAAGCAUUUACCUACUGAGCACUAUGCUAAGCACCUUUGAAGAUACAAAUAUAAAAAGAAAGACAGUCCCUACUCUCAAGGACUUCACAUUCAUCAAGAAAGACCGCACAUAAAAGAAGGUUCUGCUGCAGGGCAGAGGGAAAGGUCUAAAAGUCCUGAGGGUACAACAGCAAGCUGGUCAACACAGCCCAGAGGUCCUUUGGUGUGUCAGGAGGUCUGUUGGGCAUGUUGGAAAGACUGAAAUUAUGACCUGAUAGACCUUAGUAUUGCUUUUGGCCAGAGGACAUUGCAAGACUGAGAGAAUGAGGAGUUAGAUAGAAGGUGAACUGUCUGUAAAUUCGAGCCCUCCAAGCAACGUUAGUAUAUCUGGGCACAGUGGGGUUAUAGUAGAUGGUAUUUUAUUAAAUCGUCAUUUGUUGAAUCUUAGACCUAGAAGACCACCUUAGAAAUGGAUCCUUGAGUCAAAUUCCUUCUUUUGUAGCAUUUGAUUAUUUUGCAGUUUUAACACUUUUAUUAAAUGGUGCAUCACUAAAUAUACUUACAGGAGCCUUUCUGAUUUUGAACUGUUUGUGUAUCUCUUAGUUUGAGAAAGUUCCCUGAGGUGUGACAUAAGCCAUACUGACCAAACGUUAAUCUUGUGUGUCACUGGCUGUGGUAGUCAAGCCUAACACUAACAUUUGUUGUGCUCUGCACAUAAAAAUUUUUCAUGUAUUUUAUAUACUAGUGCAUUUCACCCUAGUUUUUUUUUCCAUUUUUCAUAUUGUGUUUUAUAUGAUUCCCCCUCCCAUACAUAAAAUACAUCUAGUGUGUCAUUUAUUUUUUGUAAGAUAUUGUAAAUACCAAGAUUAAUGAUUAACAGCUUUGUAAAAGGUAGGAAAUGAAUAUCAUGCUUAAAGCUGACAUACAGAAAGAAUCAUCUAUCAUAAAAUUUCAGCAUCAUAUUUGGAGAUUUAAAAAAAAUAAAAGGUGAAGAGGUUGCAUGAAGGUUAGACAUAUAUGUUGUUGUUUGUAUUAGCUGUUCCCCCAUACUUCUUGUGUGACUUAAGCCAGUUCUGGUCUUCUAUUAUUGUCUUAUACCAAAAGCAUUGAUUCUUUAGGCAAUUCCUGUCCCACCUGCCCCUUUUUAAGAAGAGAAAUUUUACAAAUCUAGUUCCUUAGGAUGAUAAGCUCUAUUUCCCUUUGAAUACUUAUGCUUGUACUAAGUUAAUGAGAUAUCUAAUGCUCAACAAAAUAAUGAUUUUUCACUGUAAAGCUGUUAAAAGGUAUAUAUGUAUGUAUGUACAUAUACAUACUGUAUUCAUUGUAUCCAUUUAAUGUUACUUGAUUUCAUGAACUAUUCUGUUUUAAUUAUAUAUGUCUAUGUGCACUCUUUGAUAAAAUGAAUUUUCAUCUGCCCAUCUUGGUAGAAUUUGGCCUAGGUCCAUAGAUGAUAUUAAUAUGUAGCAUAUGUAAUAUGAUGCAGUAUUCUGACCACCAUGGUGGUGGUUGUAUGCUCACAGAAAGAAAACGUAAACAUUGUCACUCUACAAUAUUGUGCAGCAAACUUUGCACUUUACAAAUUUAAUAUUGCAUUUCCAGCGCUAUAUAAAAGUGUUUGUAAUUAGUCUUUUCCCUUUGUUGUACUGAUCAUGUUAGAAUACAAUUAAUAUUCAAAUGAAAAUAUCUUUAGUGUGUAUUUUACUGUCUUCAAAAAAUAAAUUUGUAGUGUCACCUUGGAUGAUCUUAA